UGGCUAGUCCUUAAUCCUGAAUAGGCUGAGGGUAACAGUGCCCUUGAGCUCUCUGAGGCAAGAUAGUGGUGUGAACACAUGCAUUUCACUUGGUUCAGAAACCCAUUGGAGCUACAGAGAUGAGAGUAUUUAAAAAUAUGAACCCACAAGAACGAGGAUGGUGAAACUAGAAGCAAUGGCAUUCUGGAACUAGAAGCAGAUGUGGGAUCUAUCUCUGAUUUAGAGAAAGCUAAAUAUUGAUUUGGCCCUGGGGGAAGUGGGCAGAGGUUCCACCAGGCUUAUAGUGCAUAACUCCAGAAAGCCUGUAAAGCAGCAGCCCCCUGGGAGAAGGGACCUAAAGCAAAGGUGACUGGGGACAGCUUAGUAGCUAUUAGAGCACUAGCUCUCACCAUGGUGGAAAAGACAUUUCUGGGGAAUCCAUACAGUUCCAGAGAAACAAUCUAAGUCCCCCAUCCCCACCCAAACAGCUCAGUCUGAUGAUGCGUGGAAGAGUUGACAGGCCCCACCCAUGCAGAUGCUCAGAGCAUCCAGUGUGUACGACCACUGCUCUUCACUGAGUGCUAGCAGCUAGGGAUUACUAAGUAUCCCAAGAAAUCAAAACAGGCAUAUGCAAUUUAGGAACGAAUACUUGGUUUCUGAAAGCAAAGCACCCCUUUCCACAGUGUGGUUCUUGGCUACUGAGAUUAACUGAAGGUACUUUUACUCGUUCUGGUACCCCAUGUAAAAGGUUAGCGGCGUCCCAUAAGCUGGACAAAAACCUUCGUCCCUCACUUUGCAGUACUGACAUCUGAAGACGUGUCUGAGACCCUGAGAGUAUAAAUCAUGGGACAAUAUCUUCUGUAAAUAUGUGUCCACCCUGGUUCUUGUUCUCGAUGUCCGCAGGGCACCCAGCAGAGGUCGAAUAAGGACCCCAGCACCAUCCCCGCUGGAGUCCUUCCCGGGGUUGGCGGAGAAAGUCCACAGAUAGGGCCGGCCUCUGCUUCCUCCGGGGACCACCUGGAGGCGAGUCUCGGCCGAACUGCACUGUUCCCGCAGUCACUUCCGGCCUCCGGGGAGGACCCAGCGACGCUCUGGCCGUUGCCUUGGAAACAGGGAGGGGGGGUGUCCUCUAGCGGUCACCAAGAGGACUGCUUCGCGACUAGAACGCGGCCUAGGCGGGGCGCUAGUUCAGGACGGCCUUGAGGCCACGCUCCUCCCACCCCCCCCUCGCUUGCCAAUAGGCGCCGGAGCUACUGUGCGCACGCGCAGAAGUCUAUCGUACCGUCCGUCGCGGCAGUUGGUGAGUCCAGGGCGCGGACGCAAAGGAAGAGCGGCCGCCAGAGCGGGAAGGGGGCCCCCACAGUCUGCGACUCUUCGCAUUUCUCUGAGAGGAACAGAGCUCUUCUCAGUUGUCCCUCUUGUUGGCUACAAGAAGACACCCAGUACAACAAUGCCAUCCCCACUGGGUCCCCCACGCCUGCCCUCUGUGGACGCUGUGGCCAUCCUGGAGGAGCCUGAGGCAGCACGCCUGCGCUUCCGAGGAUUCUGCUACCAGGAGGUGGCAGGUCCCCGUGAGGCCCUGGCCCGGCUUCGAGAGCUGUGCCGCCAGUGGCUGCGGCCGGAGGCAUGCUCCAAGGAGCAGAUGCUGGAGCUGCUGGUGCUGGAGCAGUUUCUGAGCACACUGCCCCCCGAGAUCCAGGCCUGGGUGCGGGGCCAGCGACCAGGCAGCCCUGAGGAGGCUGUAGCCCUGGUGGAGGGCCUGCAGCAUAACCCUGGGCAGCUACUGGGUUGGAUCACAGCCCGUGUCCUGAAGCAAGUGGUGUUCCCAGCAGCACAGAAGACAGAGGAGUCCCUGGGGAGAUCCCACCCUUCAGGGACAGUGGAACUUCUCGGGGCCACCUCUCGGGAGGGAUCCCAGGACACCCAGAUGGAGAGGUCUGCCCAGCUUAGCUGCCGUGUGAAGGAGGAGCCAGAUGCUGAUGGGCAGGAGAUGGCAUCUUCCAGUCCCCCAGUUCCAGCCCAGUGCCACGAGGGGCACCCUGGACACCGGGAACCAGCUUCCGCGUCCUUCCACCCCCCCAGGAUUCAGCAGGAAUACCAGCCCCCCAGCCGGAGACACAGGUGGAGUUGGAGCCUGGGGCACUGCGUACGGGGACAGAGGGUCGAAGAAGCAUCCACCCGGGAGAUGAAAGUGAGAGCCACUGCGAGGGUCCACCCCAGUGCCCAGAGGCCCAGCCACCCCAGGGCCCGGGAUCUGUCACCUGGGAGGGCCCGUCUGGGGCCUCUGUGUCUGCCAGGGCAAUGCUGGGAACAGGGCUGGAGGCCGGUGCCCUGCGAAGGAAGCCUUAUACCUGUGAGCUGUGUGGCCGAGGCUUUGACUGGAAAUCAGUCUUCGUCAUCCACCACCGGACCCAUGCGGAAGGGCAGGGUCCACAGGCCCUGGGCAUCGGGGGUGCUCAGAAACUGCCUCUGGGUUCCCGGGAGCUGGACACACCCCGGCCCCCCCGGCGCAUGCUCCCAGGCCCUCGGAGCUAUGUGUGUGAGGACUGUGGGCGCAGCUUCAGCUGGAAGUCACAGCUGGUCAUCCACCGCAAGGGCCACGUGGGUCAGCGGCGCCACCUCUGUGGGGAUUGCGGCCGUGGCUUUGAUUGGAAGUCCCAACUGGUCAUCCAUAGGAAGAGCCACCGACCCGAAGCCCCAUGAAGGGCCCGAGAAGGUGUCCUCAUCCUGCGGGCUUGGGAGCUUCCAGGGCCUGGACACAGUUCCCGGCACUCUGGUUCCAGCCUUCCCCGGGGCUGCUCAGCCUCUAUGAUUCUUGGGGGCAGCAAAGGACACUGGUGAAUCAGAGUUCCCAGGAGGUUCCCCUGUCCCAGUUCAGUCUCCCCCAAACAGCCACCUGGGCAUAAGUAGAAAGAAGCUGCUCCUCCUUCCACCACCCCGUGAGGCCCGAGUUAGAAUCUGCUGCCUAAGCCUGGUGACUUCCCAGCUCUGAGACCCCAGCUGUGACCUAAUGCAGGCUGACAGGCCAAGGACUCCCCCUACCCCUGGGACCUCAGUGGCCCCAGGUGGCUGCUCAGAAACUGCCCCUUUCCACCCUUCCUGAAGCUUCCGGGCCCCAUGUCUUGGUGUGGAAGGUGCAGACAGCCCAGGAGAAUAUUCCUUGCCUCUGUUUGCAGGCAGAUAGAAAACUAGUGCCCAUUCACGUUUGAGAUUUUUUAGAAAUUUCACUUUCAUAAUGGAAAGUUUCUGUGUAAGAAUCCUGAUCUCUGCUUUCCACGGGUCAGAAUAUUGGCAGUGCCACUGAACGACUAAGCCACCCAGGCUUAGUUACCCCACGUGAACCCUUUUAAAGCAUGGAGUUUUCUCUGGCUGGUGACAGGAAAGGAAGUCCAAAGGACUCGAAGCAUUGGGUACCUGGGUGGCUCAAUUAGUUAAACAUCUGCGUUUGGCUCUGGUCAUGAUCCCAGGGUCCUGGGAUGGAGUCCUGCAUUGGCCUCUCUGCUCAGUGGAGUCUGCUUCUCCCUCUGCCACUCUCCACCUUGCCCCCCUCACCACCAUCUCAAAUAAAUGACAUAAAAUCUUAAAAAAAAAAAAUCGGAAGCCUGAGAAGGAUUUGAUUCACCACUGCUGGCUUGUAAGAUAGAGGGAGUCCCACCGUGACCUCUGGAAGGUCAGAACAAACCCUUGCUGACAGCUGACAAAGAAAUAGAGACCUCAGUUCUACCACCACAAGGCUUUGCAGUCUGCCAACAACUUGAAUGGGUGUGGAAGUAGAUAACUCCAAGGUCUUCAGAUAAGAGCCUCCCCAGCCGUUGUAUUUCAGCUUUGUGAUACUCUGAGCAGACAACCCCGCCAGUGCCUCCCAGACUUCUGAGCUGCAGAACGGUGAGCUAAUCAAUGGAUGUUGUUUUAAGCCACUAAAUUUGUGGCAGUUUUUAAAGUAGCACACAGAAAAUGUAAUGCAACCACGUAUUGUUAACGGGUUUAGUGCUCCUUGUGGCCAAAAAUACAAAACUGGCCUGCAUCCAGGGAUGAAUGGGGUAUGAAAUAAAAUGGUGAUUGUAUUUUUCAAUAAAAGUAUUAAUAAGAAUUGAAAAAAACAAAUAA